UCUUGUCGCCUCAAUAUCAUAAUUUUUUCUCAGGCACAGGGAAAGAGUUUCUUCGUAACGAUGUCUGAUCAUUUUAUUACUCUGUAGUGAUUCUGUGAUUGCCUAAGACGAAGAUGGAGUUAAGCAUUAACUGGAUCAUCAGCAAUCAACGGCAACUUUUUUUUUCUGGAGGUUUAUGGCUGAUAAGAUGGUAACUAGCUCAAAAGUUAGCAACCACCCCACAGCAGAGCGGAGUUAAGCAUUAACGGGAGCUACGCUUACAAACUCUAAAACGCUUGUGAAAAGUCCUCCAAAACCCUAAUGUCUGGGAAGCUGUAAGAAUCGCUAUCAGAGAUUACUGUAUAUUUGCUGCUUAGAGGGAUCAGCGCCUCUAUUCACUCAGAUCCUUAGCGGCGAGAGGGGAGAAACUAUGUCUGCUACUCUGGAUGAGUACUGUGGGUCAACUUUCUGGAAUGAAUCAUUCCUGAAUCGCACGGAUCCGGACCUGCCUGUGUGUGUGGAGAGAACGGUGUUAGUAUGGGUGCCUCUGGGAUUCCUGUGGCUUUGUGCUCCCAUACACUUGGCCAGACUAUUCAAGAAAAAAGCUCCUAAAUCUCCAUUGUCCAACCUCUACAUCAGCAAGCAGGUUGUAACAGGACUUCUGUUCUUGACGGCUAUUUCUGGACUUGCUGUUACACUUGCUGAACAUUACGGACCGACAGAUGAUUCAGGGGAUAAAAUCAUUUCAACUGUGCUUUAUGUUAAUCCUGUGCUGUUUGCAGUCUCUUGGGUUUUGGUAAUGCUCAUCCAGGAAGGUGUACGCCGCAAAGAGAGAGCCGUCGAUUCCACAAGCCUCUUUCUCUUCUGGCUGCUGUUGGUCAUCUGUGAAAUCUUUCCUUUCCAGACCCUUUUACGAGAUGCAUUAAACCAGGAAACCAUAGCAGAUCCUCCCAGGUUCUCUCUUUUCUACAUCUCCUACGCACUCCAGCUGGUGGCUUUGGUUUUAUCAGCCAUUGCUGAUGUUCCACCUGGCCUUAAAGAGAUGGCAAAAAAGAACCCUGAAGCCGGUGCUUCAUUUCUUAGCAGAGUCACUUUCAGCUGGUUCGACUGGAUGGUCCUCAAUGGUUACAGAAGGCCACUGGUGCAGGAGGACAUGUGGGAGUUAAAUGAGGAGGACAGCACAGGCUACGUCAGCCAAAAGUUUGAGGACAUCAUGAAAGAAGAGCUAAGGAAAGCUCGGCAACGAUUACAAAAGAAACAGAGCAAGAAGAAAAAAUCGUCACCGAAGUCUGAUCGUGACCAGAAUGGCCUGGCCAAGGGAGUCAGUCACGACGUCUUGGUCAUGGAGGAAAGGGGGGAAGAGGUAAAAAAGAAGAAGAAAAAGAAGAAAGACAAAGACAGUGCUUCAGAUUAUCCUGACUCAUGGCUGGUGCCCACUAUUCUGAAAAGCUUUAAAUGGGUACUUAUAGAGUCUGCUUUUUAUAAGCUCUUACAGGACCUUCUUUCUUUUGUGAGUCCACAGCUGCUCAAAGUUAUGAUAUCCUUUACUCAAGACAAAUCCAUUUUUACAUGGUGGGGUUAUGUUUAUGCUGUGCUGCUCUUGGUUGUGGCAGUUCUCCAGUCCUUGUUCCUCCAGCAGUAUUUUCAGCGCUGCUUUACUUUGGGUAUGCAAGUACGCACAGCGAUCAUGGCAGUGGUGUAUAAGAAGGCACUGGUCAUGUCUAAUAAUGCAAGGAAGGAGUCGACUGUAGGGGAAACGGUCAAUCUGAUGUCAGCCGAUGCUCACCGCUUUAAUGAUGUCACCAACUUUAUCCACCUGCUCUGGUCGUGCCCAUUACAGAUUUGUAUGUCCAUAGCAUUUCUGUGGAUUGAACUGGGGCCUUCAGUUCUGGCUGGUCUCUUGGUGAUGUUGCUUAUGGUUCCCUUCAAUGGGUUACUGGCCACCAAAUCCAGGUCUUUCCAGAUGGAAAACAUGAAGUUUAAGGACAAACGCAUGAAAAUAAUGUCUGAAAUCCUGAAUGGCAUCAAGAUUCUUAAGCUUUAUGCUUGGGAGCCCUCCUUCCAGACUCAGGUUCAAGACAUUAGAGAGAAGGAGUUGAAGGUGAUGAGGAAGUUUGCCUACCUGUCAUCCGUCUCUACCUUUAUCUUCUCCUGUGCUCCAGCCCUGGUGUCUCUGGCAACCUUUGCAGUUUUUGUGUCUGUCAGUCCGGAUAACGUCUUGGAUGCACAAAAAGCUUUCACGUCCAUCUCUCUCUUCAACAUACUACGUUUCCCUCUGGCCAUGCUCCCCAUGCUGAUUUCCGCCAUUGUUCAGACAGUCGUCUCUAAAAAGAGGCUGGAGAAGUUUCUUGGUGGAGAGGAUCUGGACACAAUGGCAGUGCAGCACAGUGACAAGAAGGACACUGCUGUAAGUGUAAGCAACGGCACUUUUACCUGGGGAAUCGAUUCCGAACCCGCUUUGAAGAAUGUGUCUUUGGAGAUUAAGCCAGGUCGCCUAGUGGCUGUGGUAGGAGCGGUGGGUUCGGGAAAGUCGUCUCUGAUCUCAGCUCUGCUCGGGGAAAUGCAAAAUGUCUCCGGCUCAGUCCACAUCAAGGGAUCUGUCGCGUACGUGCCGCAGCAGGCCUGGAUUCAAAACGCUACCCUAAAGGAUAACAUCUUAUUUGGCUCAGAAGUGGACGAGCAAAGGUUCCAGACUGUAGUGGAAGCCUGCGCAUUACAGCCAGACCUGGAAUUACUUCCCGGAGGAGCUCAAACUGAAAUCGGCGAGAAAGGCAUCAAUCUGAGUGGAGGGCAGAAACAGCGAGUGAGUGUGGCUCGAGCAGCAUACAGCUCUGCGGAUGUAUUCCUUUUGGAUGACCCGCUCUCGGCUGUUGAUGCUCAUGUGGGGAAACAUCUGUUUGAGAGGGUGUUUGGACCCAACGGCCUGCUAAAAAAUAAGACUCGUAUCCUGAUAACUCAUGGGAUUAGCUUCUUGCCAGAUGUUGAUGAAAUAAUUGUCUUAGUUGAUGGAGUUGUGUCAGAAAUUGGUUCGUACAACAGUUUACGCGCCAGCAAGGGAGCUUUCGCUGAAUUCUUGGACACAUAUGCUAAAGAGGAGAAGUCGAAUGCACAAAAAGGCUCAGCUUCAGAUAUUGAGGAGUUAAAUAUUGUUCCUGACAGUCAGGAGCCUCAACCUGACAGUCCUGCUGAGGAUGUAGUCUCCGUCAUGUUGAAAAGAGAAAAUAGUUUACGCCAUAGUCAGCGGCAUGCAAUGCGCAAUGGCAGUGUAAAAAUCAGGAGGAACAGCUCUGCUAAAUCUAAAAAAGCCACAGAAGAGUCCAAGAAAGGGCAGCGGCUGAUUGAAAAGGAAGCAAUGGAAACUGGAAAGGUCAAAUUCUCUGUGUAUCUGCAAUACCUGAGAGCUCUUGGCUGGGGCUACACCACCAUGUUCAUUACAUUUUACUUCAUCCAAAAUGUGGCCUUUUUAGGUCAGAACAUUUGGCUGAGUGAUUGGACCAAUGAUGCUUUGGAUUACCCCAAUGGGAGCACCUACCCUGCCCAUAUUAGAGAUAUGAGAAUUGGGGUGUUUGGAGCACUUGGAGUGGUACAGGGAAUUUUGGUAUUUUUGGGCACUUUGCUCCUGGCAGAUGGAGCAAUUCGUGCCUCCAGAAUUUUACACACUCGAUUACUGUCCAACAUCCUCAGAGCACCCAUGCUGUUUUUCGAUACCACACCAUCAGGGAGGGUGGUCAACCGCUUUGCGAAAGACAUGCUUACUGUGGAUGAAAUGAUCCCCAUGUCUUUCCGUUCUUGGAUCCUCUGUCUGUUUGGCGUCCUUGGCACCUUAUUUGUCAUCUGUCUUGCCACUCCACUUUUCACAGCAAUCAUUGUGCCUCUUGCUGUGGUCUAUUUUUUUGUGCAGAGGUUUUAUGUGGCCACUUCACGGCAGUUGAGGCGAUUAGAUUCUGUUUCGCGUUCUCCAAUCUACUCCCAUUUUGGAGAAACGGUAGCUGGCCUUUCUGUCAUUCGAGCUUAUAAACAUCAGGAGCGAUUUCUGCAACACAACAAAGUCACUAUUGAUAACAACCUUAAGAGCAACUACCCUUGGAUUGUUUCUAAUCGAUGGCUAGCCAUUCGGUUGGAGUUCCUGGGUAAUCUGGUGGUAUUUUUCUCAGCACUGUUUGCAGUGUUAUCUCGAGAUAACCUAGACAGUGGGGUGGUUGGACUAUCCAUCUCCUAUGCCUUAAACGUGACCCAGACACUGAACUGGCUUGUGAGAAUGACAUCAGAGCUGGAGACCAACAUUGUUGCGGUGGAAAGGGUCAGCGAAUACACAACGAUAGAAAAUGAGGCUCCAUGGCACACAGAUAUACGUCCUCCAAAUGAUUGGCCUGCUGUAGGGAAGAUUCAAUUUCAGGACUACAAGGUCAGAUACCGACCCGAGCUGGAGCUUGUGCUUCAUGGCAUCACCUGCAACAUUGAAAACACGGAAAAGAUCGGCAUUGUUGGCCGCACAGGAGCAGGCAAGUCCAGCCUGACCAACUGUCUGUUCCGAAUCAUGGAGGCAGCCGAGGGACGGAUCGUAAUAGACGGAAUCGACAUCUCAACCCUGGGCCUCCACGCUCUCAGAAACCGCUUAACUAUUAUUCCACAGGACCCCGUGCUCUUCUCUGGGACUUUAAGGAUGAACCUAGAUCCUUUUGAGACUUUCAGUGAUGAGGAAAUCUGGAGAGUUUUAGAACUUGCUCACCUGAAGGAUCAUGUGGUGACUCUGCCAGCCGGGUUGCAGCAUGAAGUUGCAGAAGGAGGAGAGAAUCUCAGCGUGGGCCAGAGGCAGCUGCUGUGUCUGGCUAGGGCUUUGCUACGGAAAUCAAAAAUCCUGAUCCUGGAUGAAGCCACGGCUGCUGUUGAUUUAGAGACGGAUGAGCUGAUUCAGAGCACUAUCAACCGAGAGUUCGCCGAAUGCACAGUGCUCACCAUCGCCCACCGCAUCCACACCAUCCUGAACAGCACACGCGUAAUGGUCCUGGAUGCAGGGAAAAUCGUGGAGUUUGAUUCCCCGAGUGUACUAUUUGAGAAGAAGGGACAUUUUCAUGACCUGGCCAGAGAAGCUGGGAUCUCGUCAAUACAAUACUCCGUGUUGUGAACUUUUUAAGGCAGCGCCUGAAUUGGACAUUUAGCUUGGUUUUUUAAACGAGAAGGUGCAGAAUGUUACGUGUACAGCAGUGCUUCGUGACCGUAAGCAAGCGAGAAAUGCAAUUAUUAGUCUCUCUAAAAAACGAAGCUCUGCUAGAGGUAACAAAGCUGUGAAAAUGUCGUGCUAGAUUCUGGCUUUUAUUCAAUACAAUUUGAUAUUGUGAAUUUGAUUUUUACAUCCAUAAAAAAAAAAAAAAUUAGGGGUGAUAAUGAAAGAGAAAAGCUAUGAAGGCGGAAGUGAUCCAUCUUCCGAGGGCAGUGGAGUGUCUCAUAAAUGUUUUGUUUACUUUCUUCAAGGCUGUUAUUAUUGUAUUUCAUAUAACUGUCCUUGUUUUUAUGGUUACCAUAUGAAAAGCUUAUGUUUGCCUUUUUAUCUGUAAGAGCUAUGUGUGUAAGUGUGUAUGUACAGUAUAUUGUUACUUUUUGCAUAUUCUGUAAUCAGAGUAGACUAUAUGUAUGCAAGGAAUUUUACUUGCUUGUGUGCACUGCUCUAUGUUUAGUAAUAUGUGAAUUGAACAAAACAUGUGCACAUACAUGUAUAAACUGCAAGAAUGCAUUUAUCAUGAUUGUUUUUGCAAUAUGAACAUUAUUUAUUAAUUUUGCCUUAUUUUGAAAAGUCAUUAAUUCAAUAAAUUGUUUGAAAUGUA